AUGGUGUCAUUUAACGUGACUGACCCCUUGGCGACAGACUCGGUGUCACCAGUAACUUUGAGCGACCACUGGUCAAGACUGGCUAGACUAAUACUGCUGGCUUCCCUCGCGACGCUGGGAAGCGUAGGAAAUGUCUUCAUGAUUAGUGCUGUCAUGAUAGAAGAUUAUCUCAGAAAACGCGGAAACACCUUCGUAGUGAACGUAGCUCUAGCAGACCUCUUGGUCUCAGGUCUCGUGAUACCAGCCUCAGCGGUAGUCAUUCUAGCAGGACUGCGGGAUAACCUGGUGGUUUGCAGAUUUCAGUGGUUCUUGGCAGUACUGUGCUUCCUAGUGACAGUGCUAUCCCUGACCGCCGUUGCCACGGAAAACUAUUUCCGACUAUGCUUUUCGACGAAUUCGUACGAGAAGCUGUCCAGAGGGAAGAUCACGGUUAUCCUGCUGGUGUUCUGGACUGUUUGCGCAUGCGUGUCAGGGGUGCAGUUUGCUUCGGAUUACUCGUUCGAUUACUGCACGAGGAAGUACUCGGGGUUGAUUGUGUACCAGGCGUCCAUAUGCGUGGUAUUGGUUUUCAUCCCCAUGACGAUAACACUCUUUUGUUAUGUCAGGGCUGGGUAUCAAGUUCGUAGGUUCAAGGCCAGACCGAGCUUCAAAGCCUCGAUCAUCUUCAAAUGGGACUGCACCCUUAUGCAUUCCAACCUGUACAGCUUCCUCACCUUCAUCAUCUUCUGGCUGCCCUUCGGGGUCGUCCUCACCGUGGGCACGGUCAGGAAAAUCCCCGACAGCCUCUUCUACAACCUGGCCUGGCUGGCCAUCUGCAAGUCCUGCAUCAACAGCAUCGUCUACGGCAUCUCCAACCCGCACUUCCGCGGUGCCUACGUCAACCUGUUCCACUACUGCUGCUGCAAGACCACGGUGACGUUUUCCAGGCGGCAGAGGCCCGAGGGCAUUAGGCCCUCGGGGGACGUCAGGGUGCAUAUCAUCCCUGGCUACAACAUGUACUGCAGCCCGCAAAGGGGCAGGGAGGCUCAGGGCAAGCGGAUGUCCUCGAGGGUUAACGGCAGGGACGUGUACGAGUUAUGA